UCGCAGACUUACAAUAAAAAUGAUUCCGUCCGCAAAGGAUACAUUCUUAUAUUUUGCAUAUGGGAGUAACUUAUUAAAGAAAAGAAUCCAUAUAAAUAAUCCAUCUGCUGAGUUCCUUGGAAUCGGGAAACUAGAGGAUCACCAACUUGAUUUCAUUAGAUAUACUGAUAACUGGCAGGGCUGCUCUGCAACUAUUGUACCCGUGGAAGGAUGCCAUGUAUGGGGUGCUGUGUGGAGAGUUGAAAAUGUCCAUAUGCCUGCUUUAGAUAGGCAAGAAGGAGUGGAGUCGAAUUGGUACUUUCCUAAAACUGUCACAGUUGUGACCCAAGAUGGUAUGCAUAUAGAAUGUCGAACAUAUCAGCAGUCAGUAAAUCCUCCGCCACGCAGGGAUGAUGAAGACAUUCCUGAGGACAGGAGACCCUCCCUCACCUAUAUGGACUGCAUUUUGAAAGGGGCCAAAGAGUGUGGGCUUCCAAAAGACUAUAUUGACAAACUGAAAAGAAUACCACACAAUGGACAAGAGUCAAUAAAAAUGAAAAAACUGCUGGAAUAAAAUUCCUUUUCAUAAAAAACAACUGGUGCAGACAUUAGACCAACAAUACAAAAUUGCUGUGAAUUAAAAUUGAUGAAAUUUUAUUUGAA